AUGGUGGUUCCCGACUUGUUUCACGACGGCACCGGCGUUGCUCUCAUUGCCGAUGAUGCUGUGCUGCCGCCUGUGCUCCGACAUGGCGCGCAGCAGACGGUGUCCCAGGCGGCAACGGCACAGCAGCCAUGGCAAGCUCCGCUGAACGGCACACACGAGCAACGUGUUGCGGCAGCCAUGCUGGCUACGUUGGCCCGGCGACGGAUGCCUAAUCUGAACGUGCUGCGGUGGGCCAUCGACCAGCAGCAGUACAUACGUGCGUACAGCCCUGUUGUGGCUGUCAAGCAGGAGGACGACGCGAGCCAUUGCGCUGCAGCGAACACCAAUGCUGGCGCCGACGCUGAUGCUGAUGCCGACGCGGAAGCCGAAACCGACCCUGACUUCAAAGUCGACGGCGAAAGUGACCCGAUCGACCUCGUUGAUGAUGGCCGCGGCGGCACAGGGAACAGCGCAACCACGGCCGCGGGGCGAGUCAAGACUGAAGAUUGCGGUCAAGGGUAA